AUGCGCCUCGACCUACGAAGCGAGCGAAAGAGUCGCCGCCAAAAGCUCACUACAAUCUACAAUGAGCUCACCCGCUCAAACCCCCGUCUCUCAGAAGCCGAUCUCCAAGCACUUGGCAUACGACAUACGACAAUGUCUCUCGAAGGCGACAACGGGCCGAAGUUCUUUUCGGCUUAUCAUGAUAUUCUCCGCAAACCGGCGCCGGCCCUCGAGGAGUACGUUGACUGGGAGGGAGUCAUCGGCAUGAAGCCUUAUUAUAAUGCGGACACCCUGGCGAGUUAUUUGAUUGGAUACGCUUUUAGGUGUGAGAUGCCCAACAGUGCAUCGAGCCCCCGUGGAAUCUGCUAUACGGACUACGGUGACCUUGGUUACGGAUGCCUGGCGGAGAUUACCCCUGUAGGCACUCGGUGGCGAGUGAAAACACUCUGGUACAUGUUGAAAGAGACAGCUCCGCAUAUAGUCUUCGUGAUGUACAGCGAGAUGAGCCUCGACAAUAAAGACGGAUAUGAAACGCCGCUAUUCUACGGCGAGGUCAAAGCACUUAUUCGCGUUAUGUACCUCCGCUUGAAGCAACCUUUCUUAGACAUGAAUGUCCUUGCUCCGGUUCUGUGUUUCUCAGCCAUUGGACAUCACCACCUUAGAGUUAUUGAAGCGUAUCAUGACGGCGUGGAUCUGGUGGUUCGCUCAACUCCGGUUUUCAAUAUGCUUCAUCGGGAUGAUGAGUUGUUGAUGGCGCUAGCGAAGUGCCUGCUGGGUGGAGCAAGUGAUAAGCCUACAAGCUGA